AUGUCAGACAACAAAUCUGACGUCAAAUCUUUACAGCCUCAUACUCUCUGCUCCCACUGUACAUCCUUCUGGGAACGCGCAACAUGCCUCAGAUUCCAACCUGAAGUACUUCUCAGCGGCGGAGAAGGCGUCCCGCCGAUGCCACAACAUCUUCCCUUCUCGCCCAACCGCACCGAUGUUCUAUCCGCCGCUUCGCAAGGCUGCCACUUUUGCUCCAUCAUCGUUGGAGCCGUUGUAGGAUGCACCGGAGAUCAUGGUGAUCGCCAGUUUUCUGGUGAUAAGAAUGGCCCUAUCUACAUCUCAAUAGCGAUGUUAGACACAGGUGCUGGUACUUUUCUCCUUACGUUGUUUCCCUGCGAAGAGUCAAAGAUUUUCAGUCGUGAUCAAAUACUCAGCGAUUACCCCUUACAACUGCGCCCACUCACAGAGAGUCGCGGAGGUCUAAAAGCCGACAAUAAACACCUUUUAUCGAGGUUGCAAUCAAUAACCUAUUCCGACGCAACUGCUGACUUCAUCCGAGCUUGGAUUUCUGAAUGUCAGAGUACUCAUAUCCUGUGCGGUGACGACCUUUUGAGCCUCAUUCUUGGUUCUACGGAAACAAAAGCGCGACCCCGGCGUUUGCUAGAUCUAUCAGCUUUUCAGGACAUUGAGAAAAUACGACUUGUCGAGGCACACAAUGACCACACCAAGGAAUACUGCGCCCUGAGUUACAGCUGGGGCUUCAGCAAGCCCUAUGUCAUGAAAUCCUCCAAUUUGGCGGCGUUUCAGAAAGAAAUUCACGUCAAAGAUUUGCCGAAACUGCUACAAGACUCCAUUCGAGUCGUAAGGGGUCUAGGGUUUAGGUAUUUAUGGAUCGAUGCCCUUUGCAUAAUGCAAGAUGGAAGCCAAUCUUCUGCAGCUUCAGACGACUGGGUUGACCAGGCAGGCAAGAUGAACGACAUCUUCGGGAAUGCGAUUGUCACCAUCGCGGCAGCCGAAUGCUUUGAUGGCAACUCAAGCAUGAUCGUGCCGCGAAACCCAUUGAGUCAACUAUCCUGCCGACUGGAUAUGUCCACAAAACUUGGCUAUGAAAUCGUUCCAUCAUGUACUCCCCAUUGCUUAAUACACCCUUUCGAUAAGGCGCGGUAUCACCUCGACACAAGAGCUUGGGUCUUUCAAGAGCGGAUAUUGUCGCCUCGGACAGUGCAUUUAACUCGCAACUUCGUUCAUCUUGAGUGCAGGACCGAGCUCUCCUGCGGAGCCAUGGAUGGACCUGAUGCAUGCCAUCACAGUGGCGCGAUUGCCAAAGCAGAUUAUCAAGUUCUAUUUUCCAUGUUCGGACCCUUCGGGCUCGAUGAUUCUGCCCACGAUGCAUUUCUCUCGUUUUGGCAUGAGCUCGUCAGGAGAUAUUCGACUACGAAUCUGAGUCGCAAGUCGGACUUGCUGGUUGCCUUGGCUGGUCUUGCCAAGCAAGUUCAGACAAAAUCACAACUCACCUGGUCGUUUGGCUUGUGGCAAGAGCAUCUACUCCGGGAUAUGCUAUGGUAUAUUAGAGGAGGAAAAGGUACACCUUGUCGCGAUCGGUCACCGACUUGGUCUUGGGUCAGCAUUGAUGUACAAGGGCCGCAGAUCAUUUACGAGCCCGCCGCACAAGUUUCUCUUCUUGCUGACAUCGUCGCUCUGCCAGAUGCAACAGACUUUGUGAGACGUGACUCAAUGGUAGAUGCAACGAAACAUUGCGUCAAGAUUUCAGAAACUGCCAGGGAAUACAGCGUACCCACCGUCAAUGCCCAUUUCACCCAGACUACGACCUCCCAGAUAACAUCGAGUUGUACAGCUUACUUAUAG